UUCAACUCCGAACCGCGUAGAACGAGUCAAUCGACGCGCUGCGUGAGAGAUAAAACACAAGUAGAUCGACGAUAGACCGUUCGUAAUAAAUUCGGGAAAAGAAAGGAAAAGAAAAGAAAAGAAAGACACGUGAAACAGGGAAAAACGAUCCAUUACUUGGUGACGUCCCGGAAAAAGUCACCGAUCGACGGUGUCAUCAUUCUGCCUUCGUAUGUGUAAUUAAUCGCGAAAUUUAAUCGAGUACCGAAUUUAUACCAACGGCACUACCGAUCGAUCUCCCUGCGGAUUAACGAUCACCGACUACCAAAGAUGAUGCGGAAAAUAGCACGUCGAGAGAAACGAGGAACGAGAGAACGAGCACGUUCCGAGAGAGAGGAAGAAUAAUAAAGAGAAUAUCAUUUUUCUCGUGGAUUUUCAAAGCACGAGAAGAUACUGUUCUUUACUCGGCAUUACUAGUUCGUAACGAUAAAUCAAGGAAGAUAAAAGAAAAAAAAAAGAAAAAAAAAGAAAAAAAGAAAGAAAGAAAAGAAAGGAAAAAGAAGAAGAAAGAAAGAACGCAGAAAAAAAAAGGAACGAAGAAGUAAGAAAAAUGAGUAUAACGAUUUAGCUGACAAUGAGACAGUUCUUGAUCGAUCGUUUUAUUUCUACUCUAAGCUUCCCUUAAUUUUUCUAAUAAUAACGUUUUCUUCGAUACAUAUAUAUAUAUACACACAUAUAUAUAUAUAUGUGUGUGUGUUUUUUGUGUGUAUGUGCGUGUGUAUUAUAUACAUAUGUACUGAAAAAGUGAGAUAGAGAGAGAGAGAGGAAAGUAUAAGAUACGAUACGUUUCAAUGGCAUUUUUUUCUUCUUUUUGAAAUUCCAUAAAAGGAUGCAAAUUAAAGAUUCCUUUCAGUCUUCUCGAAUCUUCGAAUUGUGCAUUCGGAAAAAGGAUAAAGAGGAACGGGAAAGAUAAAAACUAGAUGGAGUAGGAUAUGUGAGAGAGUAGAAUAAUCCACGAAAGUGGACCGCGAGAUAACGGUGCUUUGGCUUGAAAAAGAAGAUAUUGGAUCGCGGUAUCGAAAUAAAUCUCUCGAGGCAAAGUUCGAUGGAGAGUUCGAAAAGCUAAGAAAGAGACAGAACGUUAAGAAAGAAAAAUAGAAAAGGAAAGAGAGGAAGGAAGGAAGAGAGGAAAGGAACGAAGGAAGGAAGGAAGGAAGGAAGAAAAAGAAUAACGGACGUCGACAAAGAAGAAACGUAUCGAAAGGGAUGACUUUUUAAGGUUAAUCCUCUAAGGGUGGAUUGGAAAAAGGGAUAAAAAGAAAGGGAAGAGGAUACAGAAAGUACAUCGACGGAUCUAGCGUGUCUCCAAGAAAAAAAAAAAAAAAGAAAAAAAAAAGAAAGAAAUAGAAAAAAGUGGUCCUGUGGGUGUUGGAAGUGAGAAAUCGAGGACGACGCUUUGGAUACGUGCGAAGACGAAUGCCACGGAGAUAAAGAGGACAUGAGAAGAAUGGCAAACGUUGGUCUCUGAAUCUUGUUAUCUUUGAACUAAUAAAAAAAAAAAAAAAAAAAAAAAGAAAAAGAAAGGACAGAAAGGAAGAAGAAGAAGAAGAAGAAGAAGAAGAACAACAACAAUAAGUAGAAGAAGGAAUAAGCAAGUGUUAAAAGAUUAAAGAGUACGAGUGACGAAGAAAAGGGAACAUUUUUCUAUCGGGUUUUUUUUUUCUCGACGGAUGAUUUCGUAGUUCGUGAUCUUUUUUGUUUUUUCCUUUUGUCUUGUUUUUCUUUUUUCUUUUUUGUUUUUGUUUUUUUUUUUUUUUUUUUUUGGAAAACAGAAAGAAUAAAAAAGAAGAAAUAGUGCGAGGAAAGAAGGAUAAUAAAGAUUAUUUACGUAUCUCGAAAGAAGAAGAAGUAAUAGAAGAAGAAGGAAAGGAGAGAGAGAGAGAGAGAGAGGGAGAGAGAGUUGGUAAGUCGACGGUGAUGGCAUGAGGACUUUAAUAAGGACGGACUGUGGGUCCAGCGAGGAGGAGGAUGAGGAUGGUGGUGGGCGUGAUGGUUCUGGGUCAGCUCCUGACGAGGAUCUUGCUCGCGGCUCACGCUGGAGAUCGGCUUGCAGCAGCUCGAAGGAUACUCAGGGAUGUCCCGCUAAUCGACGGGCACAACGAUCUACCCUGGAAUAUACGCAAGUUCCUAAAGAAUCAACUACGAGGAUUCAGAUUUGAUGAUCUCAGUGACAUCCGUCCUUGGUCGGGCAACGCCUGGAGUCAUACAGAUCUAAGGAGAUUGAGAAAGGGAAUGGUCGCCGCUCAGUUUUGGUCGGCGUACACGCCCUGUCCAUCCCAAUAUCACGACUCCGUUCAACUUGCUUUGGAACAAAUUGACGUGAUUCGUCGAUUGGUCAACAAACAUCCCGAAAGUAUGGUCCUCGUUACUACGGCCGAAGGGAUCGAGAGAGCACACAAGGAGGGUAGAUUAGCGAGUCUUAUAGGGGUUGAAGGGGGACACGCCAUCGGCACGAGUUUGGCGGUCCUAAGGAUGCUCUACGAGCUCGGUGCCAGAUAUCUAACGUUAACUCACACGUGCCACACGCCUUGGGCAGACUGCAGCACGGCGGAUGAACCCGGUCAAGUGCCUCACGUCGGUGGUCUCUCCAACUUCGGUAAGAGCAUCGUUCUCGAGAUGAAUCGACUGGGGAUGAUGGUGGAUCUAUCACACGUUUCUGUACCCACCAUGCUGGACGCAAUGGCGAGUUCAAGAGCGCCGGUCAUUUUUAGCCAUAGCAGCGCUCACGCUCUAUGCAAUUCCUCGCGAAAUGUGCCUGAUCACGCGCUAAGACAUUUGGCGCGGACCGGUGGUAUAGUUAUGGUAUCCUUCUACCCCCCUUUUAUAAGCUGCAGCGAGACAUCGACUUUGGAGGAUGUCGUUGCGCACAUUAACCACAUUCGUAAAAUCGCCGGUGUGGAUCACAUUGGAAUCGGAGCCGGCUACGACGGCAUUAAUUUGACACCGGCAGGUCUCGAAGACGUGAGCAAAUAUCCAGAGUUAUUCGCGGAAUUGUUAGUGCGCGGAUGGUCAGAGAGAGAUAUCCAGAAACUUGCUGGAUUGAAUCUCAUCCGGGUCUUCAAGGCGGUCGAACAGGUGCGUGACAGGAUGGCUGCAGCUGGAAUGGAGCCUCUCGAGGAGGAAAUUCCUUCUGAAGACGUUCUUGGCCGUAAUCAUUGCCGUUACAACGUCAGAAGACUGGCGGUACCAUAAGCCAUAAGCGGAACAUUAUCCACGGACUAUUACUUCAUCCUUUUUUUUUUUUUUUUUUUCAAGAAUGAUGAGAAAGAAGAGGAAGGAUGAUUAAAACAGGAAAAUGAUAAAAUACGAGCGGGACUCUUUUUCAUUUUUUAAAUUUGAAAUUCGUACCAAAAUUGCGUCUUUCUCAAAUCUUUGUAAGACGAUAAGUAGAUAGAGAAGAAAAAUAUUAAUGAAAAUAAAACGUGAAAAAGAGAGAAAAAAAAGCACAUGAAAAAAAAAAAAAGAAAAAGAAAAAAAAUGAAACGGAUAAACACGCGAAAAAUAUGUAGAAGAAAAAAAAAAAAUAGAAAACGAAAAAAAAGUUCAAUUCUGCCGAUGACUUUCGCGCAAAGUUGUACUAUAACUUGUAUUUAUGUACAAGUUGGCUGCGCGAGAGUAAAGCCGAUUAUUAAAAAAAGAAAGAAUACACUAGGAAUGUUCCGACGAGAAAGAGGAAAAAAAAAAAAGAAAAGAAGAAAUAAAAAGGGAGUACGAUCGAGUACUCGUUUCUUUUCUUUUCUUUUUUUUUCUUUUUUCUUUUUUUUAACGAAGAAGGACGAACGAUUCAAUGCGGCGCGCGUGCUAACGUUACUUCUAACACCGUGAUACGAAGACCAAAACGCGUUUGUAUAAAUGUUAAACGAUCUAGUCGUCGAAUAUACACGAAGACACACACAUCGAUGUUUCAUUUGUACUCAGCGAUUUUUUCCUUGUCGAAGCUGGAACCAAAAGAAAUAUUCUAGUCAAUAAUCAUGCAUACAUAUACAUAUAUAAAUAUAUACAUAUAUACACAUAAAUUAUGAGUCGAUGAUGAUGAUGAUGAUGAUGAUGAUGAAUAAAAAACAGAGCGAGUGGGUGACUGUUUAGACGUAUCAUUGUUCCAUUACAUAAACUGGAGCUAACAAGAUUACGCGUAAUGCAGAAAAGAUUCCACACACGAAUACACUUGUACAUAUGCGGUACCUGAAAAUUGAUUAAAAAAAAAAAAAAAAAAAAAAAUAAAAAAAAAACUGGCCGAGGAUAUGAUGGGGGAGAGGGGGUUGGGUACAAAAUGAAAAUCGAAAUCAUUGUUGCGUCAAAUUGGCCAAGUUGAUUCGAAGCGCGAACAAGUAUGAUGAUUACUUGCCUUGGAACUUUAUGAGAAGGUAUAUACAAAAAAAUAAAUAAAUAAAUAAAUAAAGACAAAAGAAAAAAAGGAAAAAAAAACGGAAAAAAAAGGAAAGUAAAAGAUAUAACUACAGAUAAGAUAAGAACAAGAAAAAUGACAAAAAAGAAGGAUGUCAGAAUGCUAUCGGCAAAAUAAUUAACACGGGCGAGAGUGAUGCCGUUAGGUUUAUAGGGAUCCGCACAUCUUUUUUACUGCAAAACGAUCACGCUGUUUUAAUACCGUCUUUCUUCAUGAUUUAUCUCGCUCAAUCGUCGCAGAUCAAGAUGGCCAACUUGAUAGCCUAAAUUUGUAAACGGCCAAACACGCGUACGAGGCUAGACUCCGGUGAUCCUGGGAUCCUUGCCAAACGCAUAUCACACGAACGAACGCGCACGCGUGCUUUUCCAAAUUUACGAGCGCUCGCUACUCACUCGUAAAUGCGAGAGCGAAGGAAAGCGUUGUUACGUAUAUAUCUAUACGUAUAAUAUACACACAGACCAACGUCAUUUUCUGAUAUCUUGAAAAUUAGCAUUCGUUCGCGGAUGAAAAAUAUCUAUACACCUAUACGUGUAUAUAAGUUGUACAUAUACUUAUCUGCAUAGGUAUGUAUAUCUAUAAAAAUAGAUUAAACGGUAUAAUUAUUGAUCAGAUCGUUGCUAUUAAUUAUAAUUUUAAUUGAUCAUUCAACAAUACUUUGUACGCGAUCAAUCAGAUUAAAUUAUUGGGAGAUCGUAAAAUUUUUAUUAAUUUUAUACGUAACAAAUUUUCAAAAUAAUAUAUGUAUAUAUAUAUAUAUAUAUACUUCUUUUACUUUUAAAAUAGUAAUAAAAUCAUAAUUAUUAUUAUCCUUAUAUGAUUAAAUAAAUUUUAAGGUUUGCAAGUAUAAAUAGUUCGAGUGUCAUUGGUUUAGAGCAUUUUCGAGCUUAUAUUUUAAGUAUUUAUUAAAAAUGAACGUAAAUUCAUUUAAUGCUAUGACAAACAAAUCUGCCAUGCGUUAAAACUAUAAAGAAAGAAAGAAUGAUGCUCGAAUAUAUCGAAUCUUUAUCGAGUAAAAUUUCAAAAGUGGACGUGACCAAUGACUUCAUAGUGAGCAAUAAUUGUACUGUUUAUCGAGUCUUCUUCUUCGAGCAUUUACUAACGUUACAUUACGCGCUCGUUAAUCCUAACCGUCUGCGAGUUCAAAGACGUUUUAUUAAAGUCGAAAGAAUUAUGUUCGAAGACUGGCGAAGCUUAAUGGCGAUUUCCGCUGGUGGUGAACAAAAAGCAAAGGCGACCAACGGAGUCUGAGCCUCGUGUCUAAUAUCCUAAACUUUCAAAAGAGUUACUGGUACCGGAAAUAAAUCAACGGUGAGCAAAGCUAUGCCGUUGCAAUAUUA